AUGAACAAUUCACAAACCGAAAACAAAGUGGCGUCUGAACCAUUGUCUGAUACUACGAAAUCGUUCAUCAAGACCCUAGUCCAAAAGCUCCUUGGGAAAUCCAAAACCCCGUUCGAGAAACUUCCGUCAAUUGAAGGGGAAUUGUACGACGAUUGCAAGGAGGUUCUGAACUCCAAGUUCCAUUUGCCAUUGUCUCUUCCCUACAUGGAGAAAUACCUCUCCGUUGGGGUCGAGUUCAUCCUUGCGUGUUACUCGCAUCUUCCGAAACGCAAUCAAGUGUUUGUUGUCAUUUAUACAGUACUUACCCUGGUGCUGGAUGAUUGCUUCUCUCAGAACAACAAACAGAUGGAAGGUUUCAAUGAACGAUUUGCAAAAGGACUCCCGCAGGGUCAUCCCGUCCUCGAUGCUCUAGCCCAACUUCUUCAGGAUACUUCCGAAUAUUAUAACCGAGUACAGGCCAACUUGAUUGUAACAUCGACGUUGGAUUUUGUAACUUCUUUGAUUAUGGACAUAGAAUUUCGGGAGAUGACAAGCUUCAAAACACCCGGUUUCGCGACUUACUGGCGGUUGAAUAUGACUGGUAUUGCUGUCGCCUUCACGAUGUUCAUAUUCCCGAAGGACGUCGAUGUCGCAUCGUAUAUGCAAUGUUUACCUCACCUGGUAGUCUAUAUGCUCGGCUUAAACGACGUACUUUCGCUUUACAAAGAAGAGGUCGCGGGAGAAGAAGACAAUUAUCCGACUAUGCUCGCGAAGGAAUCUGGAGCCACGAAGUAUGAGGCUAUCCAACGCAUUGCUAACGACGCUGCUGAAGCCGACCAACACAUCUUGAAAGGGCUGGCUGACAACCAGCCGGCUUUGGACAGUUGGCAGAGCUUCAAAAGAGGAUAUGUCCCCUUCCAUGUCUCGUGCCCCCGCUACAAGCUGGAUGAGUUGUUUCAUUAA